CACCGCUGCCCUUUGUUUUGCCGCAAUUGCCUUCCCCAUCUUUGAGCGCUGGGAGCAGUGUAAGAUUUCAGCGAGUUUUCCCCAAUAAAGCAAAAUACACCAGAACGCAAAACAGCCAAACCGCCAUUCUCCCCGCCUCCUCGAACAACCCAUUCUCGCCGGCUGCAGUUGCUGCGUUGUGUGCGUUGUGUGGCCGAGAACAGAUUGUGAACCAACCAACCAACCACCAAGACGAAGAAGGCCACUUGGAAACGCUUGCUCUGGUGUGGAGACGUGCGUGUGGCAGAGGACAAGAUGGACACCGGCGCUGAUGUGGCCACUCCGGCCACAGACACCUUCGACUACGACCUUGUCGUCAUCGGUGGUGGCAGUGGCGGCCUCGCAUGCUCAAAGCGUGCGGCUUCGCAUGGCGCAAAGGUUGCCGUGCUUGACUUUGUCACGCCCUCUCCUCACGGCACCACAUGGGGUCUCGGCGGCACCUGCGUCAACGUUGGCUGCAUCCCCAAGAAGCUCAUGCACCAAGCAGCUCUUCUUGGGCACGCCAUCGAGGACGCAAAGUCGUUUGGCUGGGAAGUCGAGCGCCCCGAGAAGCCCAAGUGGGAAACGCUGGUCGCGGAGGUGAACAACCACAUCCGCUCCCUCAACUGGGGUUACCGCGUGUCUCUGCGCGACAACAACGUCGACUACAAGAACGCGCGCGGGUCGCUGGUUGAUGCCCACACCCUCAAGCUUGUCAACAAGCGUGGGGAGGAGUCGACCCUCACCACCAAGAACGUGGUGCUUGCCAUGGGCGGCCGCCCACGCUACCCCGACAUCCCCGGCGCUGAGCACGGCAUCACCUCCGACGACCUCUUCUGGAUGGAGCGCGAGCCGGGCAAGACGCUCGUUGUUGGCGCGUCCUACGUCGCCCUGGAGUGCGCGGGCUUCCUCGCCAGCUUUGGCUACGACACCACCGUCAUGGUCCGCUCCAUCCUCCUCCGCGGCUUUGACUCUGAGUCUGCGGAGAAGAUUGGCGACUACAUGGCGCGGCACGGCACCAAGUUCAUCCGCCCUGCUGUCCCCUCCAAGGUGGAGAAGCUUGACAACGGCAAGCUGCGCGUGUCCUUCACGCACACGGGCGUGGAGAAGACGGAGGACUUUGACACGGUGCUGUGGGCCAUUGGCCGCGAGCCCCUCACAAAGGACAUUGGCCUGCAGUCUGUCGGCGUCAAGCUCGAUGAGAAGACGGGCAAGAUUGUGCACAACGAGAGCGACCAGACGACCGUGUCCAACAUCUAUGCCAUUGGCGACAUCCUGCAGGGCAAGCCCGAGCUCACCCCUGUUGCCAUCCAGGCCGGCAACCUGCUUGCGGACCGCCUGUUUGCCGGCGCCACCAAGCUGAUGGACUACAGGAACGUGUGCACGGCCGUGUUCACGCCGCUGGAGUAUGGCUCCUGCGGGUACUCUGAGGACGAGGCCAUUGCCGAGUUUGGCGUGGACGACAUUGAGGUGUACCACCAGAGCUUCACCCCGCUGGAGUGGACCGUGCCGCACCGCGAGGAGAACGCGUGCUACACCAAGCUCGUCUGCCUCAAGUCUGAGAAGGAGCGUGUGAUUGGGUUCCACUUCCUUGGACCCAACGCCGGUGAGGUUGCGCAGGGCUUUGGCAUUGCCCUGCAGCUCAAGGCCACCAAGGAGCAGGUCGACAACCUCGUCGGCAUCCACCCCACCGUCGCAGAGACGUUUACGACUCUGACGGUGACCAAGAGCUCUGGGCUUGAUGCUGCCCAGGCUGGCUGCUGAGGCUAAUUUCCUCCUUCGCCGUGUGUGAAACGUGUUGAGCGGUUAGCGGUUGCAUUUUGCAACACACUGCUCUGUUCUUGUUUUCACACACAAUCAGCGGAGGAGGGCGAUUCCCUCAACUGUCCCGCUUGUCUGCUGUCUCUGCUUCAAGCGGGAUGGGCUCUGAUCUGUUGUGUAUUCGUGCGUUGGUAGUGGCCACAUGUGCCAUUGCCACACACAUUUGUGAUGUGCAGCACUGCAACUCCGAUUACGGAACAGUGCAUGCCUGAUGAAUACUGCCGCGGUGACGGGUUUUCUUUCUUCUCUCUUCACUCCAUCCAUUUCCUGUGACCAUUUGUCUCGUGACAGUUGUUGAUUGUAGUGCAGGCUCCUGCUUGUUCGUUUCUGUUUGUUUGCUUGUCUGUGCUCUGCUUUGCUCUCCACGUCUUGUCGGUUCUUGCAUUCGUCAUCUUGUGUGUGCGAUUGGCUCGGCUCGAUGUGCUGCAAACCAGAUCUUGUUGUUCCCCACCCCAUAAACACCCCCAUACACACUCUCUCAGCA